AUGGGACUUCUCAUCUUUUUCUUUUUGUUUGUAUUUGUGUCAACAACAACCGCAAAUGAAGCAACAAUUAAUGCGACAACAGAACCUUCCUUAAUAGACGUCAAUUCAAAUCUGGUCGGAAACCCUCUAAAAACACAGAAUGGAAGUAUCAUUAAUCUCUGUGCUCAACAUGAAUGUUAUGAAUUGUUAAAGCGUGAACUCGACUUGGUUGGGAAUAUUUCAAAAGGAGAAAGGGACUGUAAAGCGGCAUUGGUUGAAUCAGAAAGUGGCCAUGAAUUUUGGAAAGUUUUUGGAAUUGUGUCUAUUAUUCUAACGAUAUUAAGUUGUUGCUGCUGUUAUUGUUGUUGCUAUUUUUGUUCUUAUUUAAAUUCUCGUGAGGAAUAUCGAGUCCGAUUUUUCUCCUCAAAUUAAGAUAUUGUAAAUUGUUAGGAUCUAUUGUUUGAGUAUGUAUUUUAUAUUGUAUUUAUGUUAUAACUUUGUGUGAUAAAUCUUUGUAUAAUGUAAAAUGAAAAAAAAUUGACUGGACUUUUUUGUAAAUUAAGUGAAAUAGUAAAGCAUACGAAACAUGCUA